AUGGCCAGAAAGACCGUAGACACACUGCUGGAUCUUUCUAUAAAGAGUCUGCUGAGUAAUGAGUCUGCAGCUAUUCGAGCCGUGGAAGAACUCCCUGUAGACCUCUUUGUUCCAUUGUUUACUGCUGCUUUCUUGAGAAGGCAGAAAGAGGUGUUAAAGGCAAUGGUGAGAGUUUGGCCUUUUCGAUGCCUGCAUAUUGGGGCACUGCAGCCACAAGAGUCAAACUAUGACAUCAUGGAAGCCAUGGUAGAUGGUCUGCAACUUCUCUCUGCCCAAAAUUCUUCUUCAAGGGGCACUAAACUAAGGAUCCUUGAUUUAAGGCAAGACCCAGAAUAUGGAAUAACAUGCUCAUACAGGGCCAAAUACCCUGUAUGUUUUCUGUCUUGUGUUUAUUCUCAGCACUCCAUCAUUAAUGUAGAAGAAGCAGAGCUUAAUGCUAGGUGCUGUGGAAAGGAUACAAAAGACUCUAGUUCUCAAUCAGCCUGGCAACAGAUGGAAUUGUUAGUGGACCUUUCUUUUAAUUGCUUCUUGAGAGCAAAGCAAUUUAUUUCUCUCCUUACUAGUAAGACUGAGCAGAGUUUGGGCUCCUUGCACCUCUGCUGCAGAAAUUUGCAGAUUGAAAACCUGUCUAUGCACAAAAGUAGCCUGAAGAUUGUAGAUCUGGUCUGCACUGAUCGCCUGGAUUUGGAAAAGGCUCACCUGAAGGAUGUCAACACCCUUUUAUCUCAGUUGAUCAACCUGGAAAGCCUUCGCCUGACUGAUGUUGAAUGUAGAUCUUAUACGGGGAGAAACUUCAAAGCAUUUCUCUCCUGUCUUGGGAAGCUUAACAGUCUCGAAGAGCUUACCAUGUCUUUCUUCAGCCUCACCAAUCAGCUGCACAAACUACUCAGAGUCCUUAAACCUCAGUUGGAUACACUGAGUCUGACUUUCUGUGACCUUUCUACCGGAGAUCUCACUGCCCUAUCCCAGAGCACUCAGGCAAACCACUUAAAGCUACUGAAGCUGAGUAACAACCAGUUUGUCUGGGAAUUUCAUGAGCCCUUGCUAAAUCUGCUGGAGAAUGUCUCAGGCACCCUGCAGUAUCUGGAAAUAAACAACUGCCUAAUCACUGAUUCUACUCUCUCUGCUAUCCUCCCAGGCCUGAGCCUUUGUUCCCACCUCCGUAUCUUUAGCUUUGCUUGCAAUCCCAUUACAGUGCCUGUACUCAUGAACACAGUGCAGCACUUAGUAGCCUUAAUGGAGCUGAGAUAUGUGAUUUAUCCUAUUCCUUUGGAUUGCUAUAAUCAAUCUGAUUUUAAUGGCAGUUUGGACCAAGAGAAAGUUGCUGCAAUGAAGGCCCAAUUGAAGUUGAUGCUACGUGUGGCGCAGCGGGAAGACAUGAAGUGGACUGCUUUUCCUGAGUGA